AUGGCCCCCGACGCCCAGCAAGACCCUACCAUCACAGAGCUCAACGCUCUCGUCUCCAGCGUAGCCGCCCUACUCACCCAGCUCGAGGCUACCCUCACCGGCCUCACCAAAGAGACGGAAGCCUCCAAGGUCUCCGCCUCCUCCUCCUCCGAACCCGUCGUUGCCGCCGGGACGGGAAAUACGCAGAUCGACUGCCUGAAGCUCGCCGCGGACUCGGCCGACCUCAUCCGGGCGCACACCACCCGGCUCUCUCUUCUCAUCAUCACCGAGCCCUUCACGCCCACGGCCAUAGGCAAAGUCCUCCGCGAGCUCGUGUCGGGCGCGGUGCCCUCCCUCGCCACGGCCGCGGAGCUCUGCGACGGCGAGCGCUUCACCUACUUCUUCAGCCAGGCGAUGCGCGUCAAGUGCCACUCCCUCAUGCGCGAGCUGCGCGCCUUUGUGCAAAGAUCCCCUCGGACGGCAAGCUUAGCCAUGACGGGUGUGCUGUGGUCGAUCUGCGACGACCUCAAGCGGUUCGCCACCGGCGGCGUUGGCCCGUACCUGGUGAAGAGGAUAGAGGAAACGAGGCUCACGCUCAAGGAUAUUGUCGAGGAGCUCACCGAGUGGCAGGAGGAGUCUGAGGAGCAGGAUGACGAUGAUGACGAUGACGAUGAAGAUGGAGGGAAUGCCGCGGACUUCGACUCAGCUGUCGAUAUCAACGAUAGUCGGGCCAACAGCAUGCAAGCGCAAGGUCUCCACGAUAAUGCCCAAGAGCUCCUCGAUGACUUGAUGGGCUCUGCGAAGACGAUCCCCGGGAUGAUCCCCAAAGGUCCGACCGCGCCUCGCCCAGUUCCUCCGCUCGCUCAAGCUCUGCAUGAUUAUAAUGGCGAGAUCACAGCGUCUCUGCAACGGGUGUUUACUUUCCUCAACACCUUGCCGCAGAAGUACGAGGAUGUGGUUCUAGCGUUUUACGACCUGGAUACGGCCACGGUGGACGAAAACCUCAAAAAGGCGGGCGUUGGGUUGAUUGGCGCUAUCGAGCCUCUCAAAACGCCAUUUAAUGAGCAGGACUCAGACGAGUUUACCACGUGGUUUGGGAAAUUCAAGACGGAGCUGGAAACGGCCUAUUCUUCGCAAUAUUGA